UGAGGGCGAUGGAGGGCGAGAUUAGCUUCGCGCGGCGCUGCCCGGGAAGAGCUGCGGCCAGUGGCGGGAGUCUUUCUUUCGGAGCCUCGCGCGGCGGUGCUGGGAAACAUUCGGGAUGGGGAGCGCUGGCGGCUGAUGGUGGGGCUGAGCAUUAAUCCAAGGUGCUCCUCCAUCAUGUCACUAAUUAAGUCAGCACCAUGAGAAGAAGAUGGGGUGUUGCAGGGCUGUUGCUUCUGCUACUUCUAGCCUUCAAGAUCUCUGGGCUGAAAAAAGGUGAUCCAGAUGCCACUAUGGGCCUGCGGUGUUUCCAACCAUUUCUCAGCCACAUUGUGAACUGCAGCUGGGAAUCUCAAAAUUCUAAUGCCACCUAUGUCCUUCACUACCAGAGCCUAAAACUGGGCAAAGUGCUGCUAAAUCUUGCCAAAGCACGCUCAGUGGUAGCUCGGACGGGACAGAACUGGUUGGUUAUCAAACAAAGGAACCUGACACACGGAGACACGUACGGUGUCUGGAUGGAAGUUCGCAGCGCAGCAGGGGCUGUUACCUCCAAGAAAUUAAACUUCAGCCUGGAUGAAAUAGUGAAGCCCCCUCCUCCUGAACUGGACCAUGUGGAUCUGGAUUGCUUUGAAGCCACGGUGAGAUGGAAGAACCCUGACUGGCCUGAAUGGCAUAGUGACCAACCUUUCACUUAUGCUAUUCGAUACAAGACAUCCACAGACCAUGAGUGGACCUACCUGCAGGAGAGCCAUCUAGACCAAGAGCACCAUGAAUUAGUUGACUUGAAACCAUUCACCUGUUAUGAAGUGCAGGCACGGUGCAUCCCAGAAAACAAAAAAGGCUUCUGGAGUGAAUGGAGUUCUUCCAAAACCUUCUGCACCCAUGAGGCUGCUCCUUUGGGUCAAGUUGAUGUGUGGCAAAAAGAGUGUAAUUCUGACCAUCAGAAUCGAAGUUGCUUCUUGCUAUGGAAGGCACUGGAUCCAGAAGCAGCCCAGGGAAAGAUCCUUGAUUAUGAAAUUAUCUUCCGGGACCGCAGCAAAACACUCCACAGAAUGAGUUACAAUUGCUGCGAGGCUUGGAUCCCUAUCACUGCACAGUACGCCUCAAUAGCAGCACGCAACUCCGUUAAGAUGACACUCUGGGCCAAUCUCAGCUUGGAGGAAACAGAGCUCCCGGGCCCUGAGCGGGUGGAGGUGGUGGCGUCAGAAGGUCUGGGUCUCAAUGUGACAUGGAAGCCCAGCAUGGAUCCUCAGUGGGUUCAGCCUCAGGAAUACGUGGUCGAAUGGAGAAAAGAGAUUGUUGACAAUGCGGGAGAGUUGCUGAACUGGACUCGCAGACUCGGAAGCAGUACCAGCGCCCUAUUGAGAGGCAACUUCAGUCCAAAAGUACCAUACCUUGUGCGUGUAUAUGGUUUAUAUGCUCAUGGGAGAACUGCCUCAGACUCCGUACGAGCCUAUUACAAAGAAGAAGCACCAUCAGCUGGUCCCCAGGGAUUGCAAGACAGAAGACUUUCCUCUACUGCCAUUUUCAUCUCUUGGGAGGAGAUUCCCUUGGCAGACCGCAACGGGCAUAUCAUCCACUAUACACUUUACCUGAAGCAUCUCAGUUCAGGCAACACUUUGGUGCGCUCGCCCAUUUAUGCUAGGAAAAGAAAUUACACUGUCUCAGAUCUGGAGCCAGGAGCAACCUACCAGCUCUGGAUGACUGGAUCUACAUCAGCUGGAGAAGGUGUGGCCAGUGCUCUGCAUCACUUUAGUAUAUCAGUUUUUCAUUGGCAGAACAUCGUGAUGAUUUUCUUGCUUCUGGUAAUCCUGGUUAUAAUGGGCUCCGUGGUAGUGCUGUUUAAGUACAGAUGGUUGCUGGGCUUCUGCCGUAAGGUCCUGCCCCGGUGGUGCUGGGAGAAAAUUCCAGAUCCAAAGUACAGCGGGGUUGCUGUGGAGAUGAAUGAACAGGGCACUGCAGCUGCUAUGAAUGCCCUGACCAAGUGUACUGCCCAGUUUACUGAAAUUAUGGACAUUACUGAAAUAUCAGAACCAGUCCCUGAGCCAACUCCACCCCUAGCAAGACCACAUGCUGUGGUGACUUCUGGUUAUGAGAAGCGAUUUCUUCCUACUCAAGAGGAACUCUUGAAUUGGAUUGAGAAGGAAGGAAAAAGUUCUCCAUUUUCUGUGGACUAAGAGAAGUGGGGACAUGAUCUUUGGUGGGCAUCUGCUCAGCUGCUACUUCUGAUCCAGCUGCAGAUCAAGCUUCUCUUGGAAGGACCAUUCCUUGGGCUCUUGAAGCUUCUAUUGUGCCUUUGGAUCAAAUGACUGAAUUGAUCUGCUUAAAACAAACUGGGCAGUGAGCUUAAGCCAGAGACUACAGUGGCCUUAUCCAAUCUCCAGGAUCUUCAGGACUGUCCUGCUGAUUUAAUACACUUCUGAACUUCAGCACAUCACCAGAAUCUGGGAUUGGUAGUAAUGUUGGAUGGCUGGUCCUUUCUUCAAAGAUGCCCAAUUGGGCCCUUCCUCAGGUGCUGGAAGCAAAGCCUUUGUGGCUGUAGCCUGGCAGCGGUGAAAUUCCCCCAGGUUGGAACUGAGGAAACCUUUUUUUCUUUUUUACUUUCUGCCAAAAAGGACUGUAUAAAACUUUACUUUUUAAAGGGCAGGGUGAUUCCCCGCACCCAGAAGUUAUAAGGUAUCACUUAUAAGCUGUUUCAAUAUAGAGUCUAAGGUGCUGGAUUAACAACUGAGAGACCAUGAGUUCUGGUCCUCCCUUAGGCUGGGUGACCAGUCACUCUCUCUCAGCCCAACCCAACUUACAGGGUUGUUGUGGGAAAAAUAGGCAGAAGCUUUAGGUGUGCAUCUAAGGUGUAUAUUUUGAGUUAGCCAAAACAAACUCAGGUUAAAAAUCUAAUAAAUAUUUGUAUACAAUCUAUUUUAUAGUUCACAAACUUUUCUUUUAAGAAGCAGCAGCAUAUAAGUGCUUUUAAAAGGCACUUUGUGCUUAAGUAGCCCAGUGUGGAAGCUAUCCCAUGCAUACAAUUGUUUCCUUUGUGGAGAAGAUGGAAUGUGAUUUCCUACUAUUAAUUUCUCAGCUUUUUGAUUAUGGGAAACCUUAUUGCAAUGUUAAUUUCCAUGUGGUUCUCCUGGCCAUAGCUUCAUCUUAUGGAAGAUCUUAUAUAUCAAUCCCUGAGUCCAUAUGGGGCAGGAGGGGUUACUGCCCCACCAUUUAGUGGCCAGGCGCAUAGUUUUUUCUUUAUGAUUUCUUAAGGGCAUAGAGGUUUGCUGGAUCGGAUCAGUACCUCAACAAGGCCAGUAAAUUCCAGACAGUAAGCAGCAUGGAAACUGUAGUCUCCUAUUCUUCUAUAGGAAUAAGGAUCAGAGAGGCUCCUCCUUGACUCUCAUGGCUGGUAGAUGGGUAUCUUCAUGUCCAUUUCCAAUUCACUGAGCUGGUCUUAUUUCCAGAGUGAUCUGAAUCACCACCAGUCGUCCCAUUUUUUGAAACUCUGGUAUACCAUGAAUAGCCAAGAAAACAAAUGGAUCAUUGAACAAAUUGACUCAGAGUUCUCACUUGAAACACAAAUGACC